AUGGCUCAGGGCUCUGACAGCAAUGACACAAGUUACAGGUCGCCAUCACCUGGAGGGAGGCAGAGCUCCUCGGAUGACGUGAAGAAGGUGAUGCGGCGAGAGAAGAACCGGAUCGCGGCUCAGAAGAGCAGAAUGCGUCAAACUCAGAAAGCCGACAGCCUCCACCUGGAGAGCGAGAACCUGGAGAAAGAGAACGCGGCGCUGAGGAAGGAGGUGAAGCAGCUGACGGAGGAGGCCAAGUAUCUGUCGUCGGUGCUGAGCAGCCACGAGCCCCUGUGCACGGGCCUGACCCCAGCCGCCCCUACCGACCUCUUGUACCCGUCUCACCACCACGGCGCCUACCACCACCAGCACAUUGCCAUGCCACACUACCAGCACUGACCUGAGACCUGCGCGGGGGUUUGUUUGGACAUGGAUUACAGCAGCAAGAUGGCGGCGCCCUUGAGAACUAUUUAGCAAGCGGCUGCUACAUUACGUGCACCCGCACAACCUAAUAGAAAACAUUCUGCCUUAAUAAAAGGCAACAGUUCUCCAUUUUGUUUCAUUUUGGUUGCUGUUUAUACAUGUGAAGAGUUACCAGUCUUUGUUUACAUUGCGAGAAACAACCAGUUCUGUGGCAGGGGAUUCAUUUUGUAAAUUCCUUAUGCUCUUUAGUGUUAUGCUCGCUUUUUCUUUGGACUUUUUCGUCAUGUUUUUUUGCUGUCUUGUUUUGUUUUGCUGUGUAACAAUUCAAAGCUCAGGAGAUUAUUUUUUAUUUUUGGACCGAUUUUGAUUGUUUGACAAAGCGAAUGUAAAGUUGAGCCAAAUUUUGUGGAAAGGAGAUAUUUAUUAAAUGU